AGCCUCUCGGGCUCACAGACACGCCGGCACCAAUCAAGUAGAGGCCUGCGAUGGGGAGGCUUACUGUGGUGCCGGUGCGGAGGGGCACCGCCUCGCUCACCAACUCCACGACCUCGGAGGAGAAAGAGGUCCCAUUCUUGCAGCGGGAGAUCAAAGGCUACAAGCAAGUGAUUUGCCAACCCACCAGCCUCCUCCUAGCGCUGGUGCCCUUUGGAUUCAUGGGCCGAACCAUGCAGUGGAACUCGCUGGUCGUGUGCAUCAUCAACUUCUUUGCCAUUGUGGGCAUGGCCAAUGUGCAGUACCGCGCCGUGGAAUGCGUCAGCCUGCAAGUCUCCCCCACCAUCGGUGGCCUCAUCGACGCCUUCUUGGGCAAGUCAGUGGAGCAGGUGAUGGCCAUCCAGUGCCUUCGGGCUGGGCUGACGCAAGUGCUGAAGGCGAACCUCAUGGGCUCAAUGCACUGGUGCUUGCUGCUGGUGCUGGGCAUGUCCAUUUUCGCGGCAGGAACCAAGGCCAAGAACUGCAAGUUCAACAUCGACGGCGCCGCCGCGCAGAUGUCCUGCCAGGUGGUGGCAGCAAUCAGCAUCACUCUGCCGACCAUGUUCUGCUCGGUGCCGGGUGUUUCUGCAGAACAUGUGGUGCUUUUGUCCAGGGUGUGCGCGGCCUUCCUCAUUUUCCUGUACUUUAGCUUCAUCUACUUCCACCUGAAAACCCACAAGGCCUCCUUUCAGACAGCAGAGGCGCAGCACAUCAUGAGCGAGGAGGAGCGGGAGCUGAGUCAGCUCUCGCUGGGCUCCUCCAUCCUGCUGAUGGUCGCCAGCAUCGCGGUGGCCGCUUUCAACUCCCAAGUGCUGGUGGACCAUCUCCAGGACCUCUCGCAGACCUUCCACGUGCCCCAGCAGUUCAUCGGCGCCACGAUGCUGCCCAUCCUCGGCAACACCGCCGAGCACAUUGCUUCCGUCAGCUACGCGAUGAAGGACGAGAUGGACUCUGCGAUCUCCGUGGCCGUGGGCUCUGCGACUCAGAUCGCCCUCUUUGUGGUUCCCUUGUCCGUGUUUUCUGGCUGGGCCUUGGAUACGCCCAUGUCCUUGGACUUUAGCAUGUACGACUCGGCGGUGAUGCUCCUGGGCACUUUUCUGGUGGCCCAGAUGCUGCGGCACGGCUCCUCCAACUGGCUGCACGGAGCCAUGCUGAUGAUGGUCUACCUCAUGAUCGCGGUUAUCAGCUAUUUCCUGCCGAGCCGCGGCGAGUGAUCAAAUCAGCGCCCAUUGGCAGUGGGGGCUACUCGCAAGGUAGCGCCGAGCGGUGAAAUUGAGCCAAGCUGAGUGCUAGGGCUGCGCUAGGCUCAUGGAUUGCGCGCAUGGACUGAAGCUACACGAGAGCGAC